UUUCGCGAACGAAAACAGUCACAAAGUAUCACACAACGAUGGCGGAUCUAGAAAAGAUCGAAAUCCGGGAUGUUACCCGUAUCGAACGUAUCGGCGCACACUCGCACAUCCGCGGCUUGGGGCUGGACGAUGUGCUCGAAGCACGCACCGUUUCCCAGGGUAUGGUUGGGCAGAAGGAAGCGCGCCGGGCUGCCGGCAUCGUGGUGCAGAUGGUCCGGGAAGGUAAAAUCGCUGGUCGGUGUAUUUUGCUUGCCGGUGAACCUAGCACAGGCAAAACGGCCAUCGCUGUCGGUAUGGCGCAAGCACUGGGCAACGAGACACCGUUCACCAGCAUGUCGGGGUCAGAGAUCUACUCGCUGGAGAUGAACAAAACCGAAGCACUGUCACAGGCGCUACGUAAAAGUAUCGGUUUGAGGAUUAAAGAGGAAACGGAAAUCAUUGAGGGUGAGGUGGUGGAGAUUCAGAUCGACCGGCCAGCAACGGGCACCGGUCAAAAGGUGGGCAAAGUAACGAUGAAAACGACCGACAUGGAAACGAACUACGAUCUUGGCAACAAGAUUAUCGAGUGUUUCAUCAAGGAGAAAAUCCAAGCCGGCGACAUCAUCACCAUCGACAAAGCGUCCGGCAAGGUGUCGAAACUUGGGCGAAGUUUUACUCGUGCGCGGGACUAUGACGCUACUGGGACGCAGACUCGUUUUGUCCAGUGUCCGGAAGGGGAGCUGCAAAAGCGCAAGGAAGUGGUGCAUACUGUGUCGUUGCACGAGAUUGAUGUAAUUAAUAGCAGGACGCAUGGAUUUCUGGCACUAUUUUCGGGCGAUACGGGAGAAAUCAAGCAGGAAGUAAGGGAUCAGAUUAACAGCAAGGUAAUCGAAUGGCGUGAAGAGGGUAAAGCGGAAAUUAAUCCUGGCGUGCUGUUCAUUGACGAGUGUCACAUGCUGGAUAUUGAAUGUUUCUCUUUCCUGAACCGUGCGCUGGAAAGCGAUAUGGCCCCGGUGGUGGUAAUGGCCACCAAUAGAGGUAUCACGAAAAUUCGCGGCACUCACUAUCGCAGCCCGCACGGUAUUCCGAUAGAUCUGCUCGACCGUAUGAUCAUUAUUCGUACCGUACCGUACACGGAGAAGGAAAUUAAGGAAAUCCUGAAGAUUCGUUGCGAGGAGGAAGAUUGCCAAAUUAGCAACGAUGCACUGAUGGUGCUCGGACGCAUUGCUACCGAAACGAGCCUCCGGUACGCGAUACAAUCCAUCACGACGGCAAAUCUGGUGAGCAAACGACGAAAGGCAGCCGAAAUUACGGUCGAAGACAUCCGCAAGGUAUACUCGCUGUUUUUGGACGAGAAGCGAUCGAGUAAGAUUUUGAAAGAAUAUCAAGACGAGUAUCUGUUUUAUGAUGAUAGUCUGCCGAAGACAUCAUCGGAUGGUCAGCAGCCGCAGCAGACACAGGCGAUGGAGGUUGAGAGUAAUUGA